AUGCUCAAACUCAAGCUCGAGAGAAACACUUACGGUUUAGGCACACCAAUGCGUAAAAUGAUGGAGAGGAAGCUGGUUUCUGAGGAUGUGAGCAUGCCUGCGUUGCAGCAGCCACGUAACCUCCAGAAAGACGUUCUUGACGGCGUCGACGAGCAAAUCACUUUCGCUGAUGUACACUCAGUCGUCGAUAAGCCAUCCACGCCUACACUCGAUAUCCACCACGAAAUGCAACUCAAGAGGCGUUUGUACACCCCCUCGAUUCCCUUGCACAGCUUAUCAUUCGUCACCACUCCAUCCACCCCUACAAGUGGAUUACGCACGACUGCGCCGUUGAAUGGCCCCGCGUAG